CACCAUAGCCGAUGCUAUAUAAAGGCGCAAGAUAUUUUAUCGCUGCGUCACCGAGAGGUUAAACCCUAACUCGCCGCCCCCCUCUUCUUCUAAAACCCCCUAUCCCUCCUCCCAUCUCCCUCCCUUUCGUUCCCCGAGCGACUUUUCUGAAGAUCCAAACAUCUUGGAGGGGAGAUGGCAUUCUGCAACAAACUUGGUAAUCUGGUUAGGCAAGGGGUUCUGAAGAAUGGUGUAUCAAGCAGAUCAGUUCCUAUGAUGCAUUUGCUUAAUUCAACCCGCUAUAUGUCAUCCUCAAAGCUUUUUGUUGGCGGUCUUUCCUUUGGUACCGACGACCAAACGCUUAAGGAGGCGUUUAACUGCUUUGGAAAUGUGACUGAAGCAAGGGUUAUCACUGAUAGGGAUACUGGAAGGUCGAGGGGAUUUGGGUUUGUAAAUUUUGAUAGUGAUGAAUCUGCCAGUGCUGCUAUGUCUAGCAUGGAUGGCCAGGAACUACAUGGACGGAACAUUCGUGUAAGCUAUGCUAAUGAUAGACCCACUGGUGGAUUUCGUGGUGGUUUUGGUGGUGGAUAUGGCGGCCGUGGUGGUGGUUUUGGUGGUGGCUCUGCAGGUCAAAAUGACUUUGAUGGGGAUUCUGGCAGGGGUUUUUGAAGCCUUUGUCGAUGAAAAUCUAAGGUUAUGCUGCUUGCUUUGCAAGUCUAUGCAUUACCAUCAGCGUUUGUGGGUUCUCUAAUUUAGUUUUGUUUGAGACUGAAGCAAAUCAUUAUACUCAAAAGACCGGCAUGCUUUGAAGCACUAGACUCAUGGUACUUGAAAUAAGGAAUGGAAAAUUUACUUGAUUUGUAACACAUUAUUUUCAGUUGUAGUGAUUUAUUUUCAUGCAAUGACUUUUCACUCAAGGAGUAUGAUGGAAAUGGAGGGAGGAUCUGGGAAAAUUCAGUUUCAUGAGGAAGAAUUUUCAAAGGUUCAUAAGACAUGAAAA